AUCUGCUACUUUUCUACGCGACACCGUUGCCAAAGAUGAUAAAUUUUCGACCCAAUUGUGAGAGCUACAACCAAUUAAUGUUUAAGGCAAUUUUAAGCAAUAUUAAGAUAAUCCGAAAUCUCGAAGGUUGCUCCAGAAGAUGUCAAAACUUUCCCUUAACGUUUGACAAAAAAUGUCUUUGAAAAAAAAAGGAAGGCAACGCCGCAUAUUCAUUUUUUCUUCAUUUGUGACCCAGUGCAACGCGGUAAAAAACGCUAGCACGAAGUCAAGAUCACCUGGCGUGGUGCAGAUUGUGUUUUGUUUUUGUUGGAGAGUGCACGGAUCGGGCGAUUAAUUUUUUUAAAAGCGCUGAUCGAAAUUCGUCUUAAUUUGUUUUUCUUAUUUAUUUUUUUGUGUCGUUAGUUUUGAAAAAUGAUGAACCCUUGCGUGAUUGCCUCCCAACCUGAGGAUCCGGCGGGGGACAAAAGGUGGAUAAGCAUGCACAACAGGUUCGUACACCAAGCAAAAACGAGCGAACCGGAGGUGGUCUUUAUGGGUGACAGCAUCAUUCAGCAACUACAAUUCAGCUCCCUAUGGACGGAGAAAAUCAGUGCCCUCAGAUGCAUAAAUUUCGGAAUAGGGGGUGACAGGGUCGAAAACGUCCUGUGGAGGAUUAAAAACGGCGAGCUCGAUUUCAACACGAAAAUUAAGGCCAUAGUGCUGUUCGUCGGCACGAACAACACCGAUUGCACUCCCCACGAAAUAUACGAAGGCAUUUUGGAAAUUAUCAAAGAAAUCAAACACAUCCUAGGGAACGUUGCAAUUGUCCUUCCAACGCUGUUACCAAGAGGAAAGUACUCGAACCCUUAUAGGGAGAGAAUGAAUCACGUAAACACCUUCCUCAUAGACAAGUUUUCGAACGAAGCCAACCGGGACGAGCUAACCGACAACGUCCACCUAGUGGCGAUACACGAAAAUAUAGUUGGCAACGAUCAAACCAUAUCGCAUCACAUCAUGCACGAUUACCUCCACCUCACCAACAGCGGCUACACCAAUAUAUUCAGCAAAGUUUACGAUAAACUCUGCCAACUGCUCAAAGUACAACCUGCGAAGUGACUCUUGCCGUAAUUAGACUUUAAGGCGUGAGGCGUUUGUAAAAAAAAACUGAAUUAUUUUUGAAUAAACUAU